CCACAAACAUGGCGUCAACAAUUGACAUCGACUUUCCUGUACAUGGAUUAUUGCCUAAAAAAGAGACAGGAGCAGCUUCAUUCUUAGAUAAAUACCCUGAUCACGAUGGGAGAAAUGUAUUGAUAGCAAUCCUUGACACUGGGGUUGACCCAGGUGCACCUGGUCUACAGGUGACAAGUGAUGGGAAACCUAAGAUCGUGGACAUGAUUGAUACAACAGGGUCAGGGGAUUGUGAUACAUCAACUAUAGUAGAUGUUAAAGAUGGUGAAAUAACAGGACUAACAGGAAGGACACUAAAGAUUCCAGAUGAUUGGAAUAAUCCUUCUGGACAAUACCAUAUUGGUGUUAAACCAGCAUAUGAUUUGUUUCCAAGGAUUCUAAAAGAUAGAAUGACAAAAGACAGGAGAGAAAAGAAGUGGGACCCACCCAACAGAGUGGCUUUAGCUGAAGCUUCGAGAAGACUGGAGGAAUUUGAUGCAAAAACUCCUUCCCCAUCACAAGAAGAAAAGUUGAUAAGAGAAGAUCUGCAGGCCCAGAUAGACAUCUUAACUAACUUUGACAAGAAAUACACUGACUGUGGACCAGUAUAUGAUUGUCUUGUCUUCUUUGAUGGAAAUACAUGGAGGGCUUGUGUUGAUACAAGUGAGGAAGGAAAUCUUGGUGAAUGUAAACUUCUGGCCAGUUACAGGGAAGAGAGACAGUUUGCUACAUUUAGUAGAGACGAUAUGAUGAAUUACACAGUUAGUAUCCACAAUGAUGGGAAUGUCCUGGAGAUUGUUGCUAAUGCUGGAUCCCAUGCCACACAUGUAGCAUGUAUUGCUGCAGGUUUCUUCCCUGACUCGCCAGAGAGGAAUGGUGUGGCUCCAGGUGCACAGGUUAUCUCCAUCAAAAUAGGAGACACAAGAUUAGGUUCCAUGGAAAGUGGAUCAUCACUAGUCAGAGCUAUGAUCAAAGUAAUUGAAUACAAAUGUGACCUCGUAAACUACAGCUACGGAGAGGCAGCUAAUUGGCCAAAUUCUGGGCGUGUUUGUGAUAUUCUAAGUGAAGCUGUUAAAAAACAUGGUGUUAUAUUUGUGUCUAGUGCUGGAAAUAAUGGACCUGCUUUGUCUACUGUCGGUUGUCCUGGAGGGACCACAGAUGCACUUAUAGGUGUUGGUGCUCAGGUUUCUCCAGCAAUGAUGUCUGCAGAAUAUUCCUUGAGAGAGAAGUUACCCUGUAUGCAGUAUACAUGGUCUUCUAGAGGUCCAACACAUGAUGGGGCUCUAGGUGUAUGUAUAAGUGCCCCUGGUGGAGCUAUAGCAUCAGUUCCUAACUGGACUCUCAGAGGUUGUCAGUUGAUGAAUGGGACCAGUAUGAGUUCACCUAAUGCUUGUGGUUGUUUAGGUCUGGUAUUAUCAGCACUGAAAGCCAUGGGAAUAGGUUACACACCAUUCAGUGUGAAGAGAGCUCUUGAGAAUAUGGCUGUUAAAGUAGACAAUAUAGAAGUGUUUGCAUUAGGACAUGGUUUAAUUCAGGUAGAGAAAACCUUGGACUAUCUCGUCAGUUUUGACAAACAGAAAGAAAGUAAAGUACAACUUUCUGUGAUAACUGGAUGUGGGAAGCGUGGAAUCUACCUCAGGGAACCUAGACAGCUGAUUAAACCUUUAGAAUUUAAUGUUAGCAUAGAACCUCGAUUUUGUGACAAAGAGAUUUGUCAGACAGAACAAGAAGAGAAGAUAAAUUUCUGUAUGGAGAUGUGUUUUACAUGUGAUGCAGCCUGGGUGCAGCACCCAACACAUUUAGAGCUAAUGAAUUCAUCCAGAACCAUCAAUAUCAAGAUUGAUCCAAGAGGUUUACAGACAGGUGUCCACUAUACAGAGGUUCGUGGUUAUGAUGUCAGCUGUAUAGAGAAAGGUGUUGUUGUACGAUUACCAGUCACAGUUAUAAUUCCUCAAAAAGUUGAAGACACAUUGAACAGUGAAAUGAGUUACAGUAAUGUUAGUUUUAAACCAGGUCAGAUACACAGACACUUUAUACAUGUUCCUCAUGGUGCCACUGUUGCAGUCCUCAAGAUAAAUUCUACAGAUCUGGAGAAGAAAUGCAGGAUGUUGAUACAUGCCAUACAAGUUAUUCCUCAAUCCAGCUAUUCUUCUCAUGAAUAUGAGAAAUUUCUCACUUUGUCCGAUAAUGGUCAGAGUACACUGACAUUCAAAGUUACGGAAAACAGAACUUUAGAGUUGUGUAUAGCUAAGUGGUGGGCCAACCUAGGAGAUGUGACUCUAAACUACAGCCUUAACUUCCAUGGUGUACAGAUAGAUAACACGUCUCCUGUAUAUCAUGGAGCAGAUGGAAUUAUGAGAUAUGAUGUCAAGGCUACAUUGAAACCAGAAGAAAUUUCUCCAUCCAUUUCACUGAAGACUUUAUGUCAGCCUCUUAAGCCAACAGAAUACAAGAUCAAAUGUUUGAAUGGACCCAGAGAUGUACUGCCAAAUGACAGGCAUAUCUUUGCACUGGAGUUGACCUAUAGUUUUCAUAUUGACAAAUCAGUGGAAGUGUUCCCUGACUGUACAUUGUUAAGCAGCAUGUUGUAUGAAUCAGAAUAUGAAAGUCAGAUCUGGAUGUUGUAUGAUAGCAAUAAACAGUGCUUAGGAACAGGAGAUGCUUAUGCCAGCAAGUACAAUGUUAAAUUGGAGAAGGGAGACUACACCAUUAUUCUACAAGUGAGACAUGAGAAAAAAGAUCAGUUGGAAAGACUAAAGGAUCUUAGCAUUGUUCUGAACCAUAAAUUACAGUCUAGUAUAGCACUAGAUGUAUAUAAUACAUGGCCAAAGGCUAUCAAUAAUAAAAAGAUGGGAUCAGCUACAAUAGAUAAAGAUGACUUGUAUCCCAUCUAUAUAGGACCACUGCCUUCUGACAAAAUACCAAAGGGAGCUAAGCCUGGAUAUUACUUGUGUGGAACUUUGACUUUAUUUAAGGAUGAAUUAAUGAGUAAACCAGGAAGUGUUCAGUUCAAGUAUGUUAUCACUGACUCACCUAAAAAGAACAAAAAUGGAGGAAAAGAUAAAUCUGAGAAGUCAGCAGGGAAAGAAAAGACCAAAGUAGAAGAAUAUGAUGAAGCUAUUAGAGAUCUGAAAAUAUCUUGGUUGUCCAAACUUGAAUUAGAUAACCCUCUGUAUGAUGAACUUAGACAGACCUAUUCAGAUCAUUUACCAUUGUAUAUGUCCAGACUACAAGCUUUAGACACCUGCAAGGACAGAUCAAAGAAGUUGGUAGAGAUUAUAGAUUUAGCCAAGGUUGUUAGUUCUAAAAUUGACCAGAAUGCUCUGUUUGCUUACUAUGGAAUGAAAUCUGAUCCAAGACCCGAAGCUACUGUCAUUAAAAAAGAAAUGGACAAACAGAAAGAGAUGUUAAUAGAAUCUCUAGUGAAGCUUGCUUGUGCUGAGGCUGACAUCCUGAUGAGGGAGAAUGGUGGAGAGGUUGAGGAAGAGGAGGGAGCUUUACUGCCAGAGGUCACAUUACAAGAUCUGAAUGAAACCUACCAAACAUUACAGAGAUGGAUAGAUCUCAAUGAUGACAAGAUGUCACAGUUUACAGUAUUACAUGCUAGGGCUAACCAACAGUAUGGAAGGGCUUUGAAACUUCUAUUGAAACAAUCAGAGGAUAAAUCUACACCAGAUAUGGAUAAAAAAUGCAUCGAGAUGUACAAGAAACUGGGUUGGACCCACUGUGAGAAUUAUGCAUCAAACUGGAUGUUGGUUAAAUAUCCAACGUCAUACAGACCUUUCUAAUUAUAAACUUGGAUCAUCUGAUAGUUUAUUAUUGAGAUUACCUUUAUGCAACAGAAACUUGCAAGCAUCUCUUUUUACCUUAAUUGUUUGAUAAAUGCUAAUGAAAUUUCAUUGGGGAUAGAAUAAUUUAACAGUUGAUAAUAAAAUAUCAUAAUUAAUAUGACAGAUAUCUUCGUCUAACUUAUUGUACAUAUCUGAAACAAUAUUUUAAAAGUUAUUUAAUCCUGUAGCUUUUCAGUUUUAUUGAUUGGUGAUUCUACGUAUGACAUUAAUACUUUAAAAGACUAUAGAACAAACCUUAUUGCAGAAAUUCAUACUUAAUAUACAUGAUUGAAUAAGAACCUUGAUGUUCCAUUAGUUUAUUGACUUAAUAUUUAAUUUAGAUACUAACAUUUUUAUGAAACUUGUUGAUAUAUUUCAUUAUUGUAAAGCAUGAUUUAUGAAUUUAGUAUUUAUAUUUAUUGUACUUGUACAUGAGUAUCAUCUGACAGUUUGUGUUGACACAAAUAUUUUAUAUGUCAGAGAUAUUCCACACAUAAAUCAUACUGUGAAAUUGUCAUAUCACAAGUAUAUUUUAGACUGUCUUUUAUAGAAUUUUUUAAUGAAAAGUAUUAUGUAAAAGGGGCAGGGGCAUAAGAUUUAUUAAAAAAAAAAAAUGAAAUAUGAUUUUUUUUCUAACUUUUAUAAAAGUGGAAUUUUGAAACAACAUUUUGCUUUACCAGUCUGUUUGGUUCAAUUUUGUCGAAAUUGCAAGUCAACCUAUUUGAAUCUGUAUUAAUGUGACCUUCAAUUUUACCCUUAGCUAGAGAUUCCCCUUGAUGGAUUAUGCAUGAGCUAAGCAAAUUCAGUUUUAAGAAAAAAAAUGUCAACAUUGAAAAGUGAAACAAGGGACCAUUUUGUCGACUGGUUCUGCACACACAAAAAUCAUUCUUAUACAGGUAAAACAAUCAUUUACAUGUUUUUUUAAACAAUGACAUCAAACAGACCCAGAAAAUCCUUAUUAUACUAUUGCAUGUGCUUGUCUGUAUUUUUAUGUUUAUGUUUACAUCAGGUUAUAGCAGUUUACGUAUGGAAAUUUAGAUGGUGUCUACUCUAAAAUACACAAGAAAUGCUGAUACAUUAUGAUGAGACCAUAGGUUUUAGUAUGUUAUAAUUCAAAUAUGACAAUUUGAUUGAACAGGGGAGCUAAGGUACCUUUGACUACUUAAAAUGGAUAUUUUUAUUCUUUUUAACCUUCUGAAAAAUAUUUUUGAUUUUCUCUAAUAGAAUGUUUCUAUAAACAUUUGGGAAUUGAAAGAAAAAUGAGUUGUAAAAAUGUGUAAAAUUACCAAAAAAUAAAAAUGAUAAUAACCAUCUUAAAGAAGAGGACUAGAUGUUUACUUUUAGAUUGAAAAAAAACAGAUAAUAAUCUAUGUAAUCAAAAACCGUUCAUCUCUUAAUGAUUUUCUUUACAACCCAUUUUAUAUUUUUACAGAAAUUUUUUAUUUCAAACUUUUCAAAUUAUAUAAUUAGCAAUGGUGGUAAGAUGGUCAGUUCAGAUUUUUUUAGAAUUAUAUUUUUGUCAUUGCAGAGCUGUCUUUUAGACUAUAACCAGUCAAAGUUUCAUUUGAACACUGGUGAACAGGUGUCUCAUCAUGCUCAUUGGCAGUUAUAACAAAUCUCCUUAUUUUCAUAAAGUUUGCUUGUGAUUCUUUUUUCAAGAAAAAUGACCAAUUUUAUUUGACUUUAUACAAAUACAUGUGUUUUUAUUUUCAGUGGUUGGUUAUAUGUUGUAUGUAUCUUAAGUUGUAAGAUUUGUUUGGAUAAACAUCAGAACAACAGUGUAUGGGAAAAUAAUAAAAUCUGUGAUAUUUUA